AUGGCAGUGGCUGAAAAUCUAUUUCCUACAAAAAGAAACAUUUUUGAAUUUAUCUGUUUAUCUCCAAGAACGGUAACAAGAAGAGUAGAAGAAAUGUCAUUCGAUUUAAAUAACUCUUUAAAAAACAUUUUUGGGAAUUUCAAAUAUUUUUCUAUCGCAUUGGAUACUAGUACUGACAGAAGGGAUACUUCUCAACUUGUCAUAUUUGUUCGAGGGAUAACUGAAACAUACCAAAUUUUUGAAGAAUUUGUCAAGGUUAUUCCAAUUAUGGGUACAGUGACAGGAACCGACGUUUUCUUGCAUUUAAUGCAACUUUUAACAGAAUUAAAUCUUUCACUUUCAAAAUUAGUUGGAAUUACAACAGACGGGGCUCCAUCUAUGGUUGGGAACAAAAAGGGAACUAUUACAUUAGUCCAAAAUGAAAUGGAAAAAUUUGGAAUUGAGUACAAUUUGGUUAAGAUUCACUGUAUUGUUCAUCAAGAGGCGUUAGUUGCCAAAUCAGUCAGGUUACGUGAGACAAUGGAUGCUGUUGUUAAUGCAGUAAAUUUUAUUUUAUCCCGCGGCUUGAAUCAUUGGCAGUUCAGGCAAUUUUUAAUCGACACUGAAGCAGAAUAUGGGGAUCUUUUAUAUUUUUAUAAUGUCAGAUGGCUUAGUAGAGGAUCAAUGCUCAAAAGGUUUUUUCAUAUACGGGAAGAUGUUAUAAUUACUUGA